AUGAUAAUAUUUAACAGUCAUUCUAAAGAAAAUAAUAAUACGAUCGAUGAAUAUUGGGUUGAUGAUACAACUAAUAAUGAUUGGGUUAAUGAUACAACUGAUGAUAAUUGGAUUGAUAAAAGUUUAAAAGAGCAAAUAAAUAAUUGUUUUUUAACUAUGCUUCAAGCUGCUCAGAAACCAAAUGCUUUUAUUAAUACAAAACGUAAUCUAUUUUAUACUGGAGCAGCAAAAUUAACUAUUAGAAAUAAAAAUCGACAAAUGAAAUUAGCAGUUCAAGGAUCUAAAAAAAUUGAUUCAUAUUUUCAUAAUACUGUUCAAAAAACUGAUA